CAAGUCCGAUUCCGAACGCAUCAGUCCGAUCUGUCCGCUCGUGCCGUCAUGCCGGCCCGAGAACACAGCACUAGUUCUACGUCGUCUUCCGGUCCGCAACCGUCUUCUGUAGCAGUUCGCGAAUAACGAUCAAAUCGACGUAAUCAUUUUCCUAUAGUAAAUUAGUGUCCGAGGAAUCGUGUUUCUAUUUUUUUUUAAAAAAAGCUAUUCAUUUUUCUUUCGAUCGAGCUUUAUCAAAUAAUUUUUUUUUCAAAUUAAUUUUCACGUACCCAAUUACAUAAUAUCGUAUAGGUAUUAUAUUUAAUUUUCACAUAAAUAAAUGGCUGGAGCGUUUUCGCGUUGACACCGGUCAUUCGUAAUAUUCGCGUCAUGUUCGCCAUGUCACCGAGAUGCAAUCGUCUGAGGUGUUUGUUAGUGUUUUUACCCACCCUGGCCGCGGUGAUGUUGUUGGCCGAUCGAUGUCUCGGGUCCGACAAUAACAACAAUAAUAACGGCACGACAACAACGACCGUCAUUUCCAAUCCCGAACUGUCGUCGUCGUCCCCAUCGUCGUGGAUCGCUGCCACUGCUGAUUACCCGACGCAAUCGCCACUGACGAACGGCGGCAACGAGACGGCCGGGCAAACGGCGGUCGGAAAACCCAGCAAGUUCGACGAACACGUGGAGGACUGGCAGUACGUGGACGACCCGCUGAAGAACGUGACGACGCUUGCCGAACCAGUUCCCAUGAUUGCCGGUAACUCGACCGCGUGCAAGAUGUGCUCGAUCGACAAGUCCAAAACCCGGCGGAACAAGCGCAAUCAUGACAACCGGUUGUUUAAGAUGGCCGUCAAGUCGUCGCGACACCGAGACCUUUACGCCCAACUAAUGGCCUCGGUGGCGUCCAAACAAUCGUAUCGGCGGAAGCGGUUCCGCCGUACUCCAGCCCCUUCGACAGCCGAGUCGUCCACGUACAAGCAGUUGUUCCGGUACAAGCGGUACCGACGCUCCGUUGCUGUCACCGCAGACACGGCUGCAGACAUCGCGAACACAGCUGCAGACACCACGGACACAGCUGCAGACACCACGGACACGGCUGUGGACUUUUCAGUGGCACGUUUGUCAGCAUCCAAACAGCUGUACCGGCGUAAACGUUUCCGGCGUUCCGCGGUAGCUGCAUACCCGAACGGAAUGAUCCGACCGUACCACUAUAUCAAUAAUAACAACCACCGAUACCAGCAGCAGCAGCAGUACGGGCCCUCGCUGUCCGCCGACCUGCAGCAACAGCAAAACCGCCGUCGGCGUUACCGGUACGCCGCGGACCCGUACCACCACAAGCGGAACGGCGCGGCGGCCACUACGUGGGACCGUUCCGCCGAGUUCCGGCGCCGGUACCUCAGGUUCCCGCCCACGCACGACGCACCGCCACCCGCGUACAACAACAUCGUCAACAACAACAACCCGUGGUCGCCAGCCGCCGUGCCACCAGGCCUUCUGUCACAGCAACAGCAACAGCCUUUCAGCUAUUUACCCCAGUACCCGGUCCAACAACAACAACCACCACCGUCCAUGGGGCCUAGGAGUCCCCGACUCGUGUUCCGGGACCCCAUUGACCAGGGAACGCUCCAGGCGCCGUUCGGUGGUGGACCCAACGGACUCCAAGACCUGUUGGUCUCGCAGCCCGAUGACGUCAAAGAUGAAUGGACCGACUUGGACGUAGACAGCAAACGCAAUAGUUUGUGCAAUACAGGAAGAUGUGAAUUUUUGUUAACUUGCUGGAUGGCUUCCGGUUACAUUGAGAGCACCUGUGGUGGCUUCCUGUACGUCUGUUGCGACCGAAAUUCCGCCAAAACGAACGAAAAUAUUGCUAUCAAUACUAACAGAGCGUCGGUGCCGGUCGACUAUGGCCCAGUGACUAACGAUCCCAGUUGUGGUGUUUCGGUGGCCAAGCAACAAGGAGCGCAAAGAAGAAUUGUCGGAGGUGACGAAGCUGGGUUCGGCAGCUUUCCAUGGCAGGCUUAUAUUCGCAUCGGAUCCAGUCGGUGUGGUGGUUCGUUGGUGAACAGGUAUCACGUAGUAACAGCCGGUCACUGUGUUGCCAGGGCGUCGGCGCGACAGGUACAGGUGACUCUUGGAGAUUACGUUAUCAACUCAGCGGUGGAACCGUUGCCGGCUUACACGUUUGGCGUCCGCAAGAUCAGUGUGCACCCGUUCUUCAAGUUCACGCCGCAAGCUGACCGGUUCGACGUGGCCGUGCUCAGGCUGGAUAGACCGGUGCAGUACAUGCCACACAUUGCACCCAUCUGCUUGCCGGACAAGGGCGAAGACUUUUUGGGACAUUACGGAUGGGCUGCCGGAUGGGGAGCUUUGCAAGCCGGUUCUAGACUGAGGCCGAAGACGCUCCAGGCCGUCGAUGUACCAAUCAUUGACAACAGACAGUGCGAGAGGUGGCACAAGUCCAACGGCAUAAACGUUAUAAUCUACGACGAGAUGAUGUGCGCCGGUUACCGAGAAGGAUCCAAGGAUUCGUGCCAAGGCGAUUCAGGCGGACCACUGAUGCUGGAGAAGACGGGUCGAUGGUACCUGAUCGGAAUCGUGUCGGCCGGUUACUCGUGCGCACAACGCGGUCAGCCCGGCAUCUAUCACAGGGUGGCGUUGACGGUCGACUGGAUAUCCUACAUAAUCAAUUCGUCGCAACAAUAAUAACAAAGGGGAUAAUACAAAUAACAGUGUAGGUACAACAUAUAGUACCUUAGCUACACCAUACGCUGUGCGUACCUAAGUCCCCGACGGACACAUUGUAUAUAGUAAUAUUAUUGUAAGCGGUGCGUACCGAUUUUCUGAUAUCCAAACUAUUCAUAUUUAUAGCGAUAAUAAUUUAUAAUACAUAUAUAAUGAUAUAUUCAUAUUAUAUGCGACGUGCGUUUAGGUACGAUCGUAUAUUUUAUAAUAUAUUAUAUAUAUUAUACAUAUUAUUUUAUUUUAUUUUACACUAUUUAUAGAUAUUUAAGUUAUUUUAUUUUAUUGGUAUAUUUUUAAUAACAAACCGUCUUGUCCGCAAUGCGCGUGAUAUACCGCGGUCGCGGUGAUAUUUUAUGUUUUUAAAUAAUUAUCAUAAUAUAUUAUUAUCCGCGACGGUACGAGAUCGUUAGCGAGUAGCGACCAAAUCUUUCGGCAUUUGAUCGCUCUCAAACGCCUCGCCGUUCCCAACUGCGAUCACCGCGCAUCGUCACCGCGCAGGACCCGAUGCAUUGUUAUUAUAUUAUAUUAUUGUACAUAUAUAAAAACGUGUAUAGUGAUGAAUAAUUUUACGUGUAUAAACUCACAAUGUGGCUGUAAUAAUAGUGUAAUUAAUUUAAUAACAAUAAUAGAAGUAUAAGAGAACACAAAAACCAAAAA